AUGAAUCAAGAGGAAGAUGCUUCUUACUCUUCAGCUAUUGUCGAAACCCCCGGUUUUCCCUACAUGCAGGAUGAAUGGAUCCCUCCAUGGACGCCCUUUGCGCCUGAUGGAGACGAUACCUCCUUGAGUUUGCAGGCGGCAUGUGCGGCUUUCAUGGAAAGUGACCCGCAGGACAUGGAAAAUGUCCAAUCUAUCUUGAAUAGCCUCGACGACGGUGGUGAAAUGCCUUUCUCGAAUGGGGCGCCGAGCCAGAUUGCAGGCGAUGCCUCAGUAUCGUGUCCCCCAAUUCUUUCUGCGACUGAUGAGAGUUUUUCACUCAUCAGCCCUUCUCGCACCAGCCCUUCUCUGAUCACCAGCCCUCCUCAUGAAGCAGACCUUCCUCCGCCUCGUCCAGUGCGCACCAAUACCGUUUCUUCCAGAGCAAGCUCGAAGAAUGGGUCUACAAAGCUUCAACGUGUUGCAUCGGCUGUGUCGUCGAUAGACAGAAGAAGAGGUCCUACAGACCGAGUCAGUAAGAUGGACUCUUCAGCACUCAUCACAAAAUCCAGCAAAAAACACGCCCCCAUGGUCUCCCGGGUUCUGAGCAAGUAUACAUGGGAGCAGCUGGAGGAGAAAGAUGACAGGAAUGAAGAGGAACAAACGGUCCGCGAUCUUAUCGCCAAUAGGACAGCCGUCCAGAAGAGGCGAAUGAAGACGAUUGAUCGAAUAACUUUCUUGGAGUCAGAGAACGCCGAGUUGACCCAAGAGCGACUUGCCAUGAAAAGACACAUCGCGUCAUUGGAGUCACAGAUCAGCGCGAUCCAAUCUCUGGUCAUCAAUCCUCCAUCCCAAUACAGUGGUGCCGAUAACUCAGCAUGCGACCAGUAUCCCCCGACUCCAUAUACGGGCGUAGAUACACAAGGCUUGACAGUCACAGGACAGCUUUACCAGUUCGAGGAGGAUAUACACGACGACGGCGCCUGA